CGCACCACGGAAAUAGAGGUCGACUGAAAUUAGAUUCAAUCUAAUUUCCCAAUUGCCGAAACCCUAUUUGCGCAUCCUUUUGGCUGCAAUGGCCACUGAAGAAGAAACGACCGCCGUGGUCGAGGUCGCCACCGUACCGGCGGAAGACAAGCCGGCUGAGACGAAAGCCAGUUCGAAGCCGGGCAAGGCGAAGAAAGCCAAAGAAUCUAAAGCCAAGAAAGCCGAAGAACCUAAAGCCAAGAAAGCGCCGGCUUCUAAGAAGCCACGAGCUCAUCCUACUUACGAAGAGAUGAUCAAAGAAGCGAUCGUUAGUUUGAAAGAGAGGACGGGUUCAAGUCAAUACGCUAUUACUAAAUUCAUUGAAGAGAAACAGAAGAAUCUUCCUGGAAAUUUCAAGAAGCUUUUGCUCUUUCAUUUGAAGAAGCUUGUAGCUGCUGGGAAACUGGUUAAGGUCAAGGGCUCAUUUAAGCUUCCGUCGGCGAAGACAACUGCUUCUGCUCCGGCGAAGAAGAAACCGGCUGCUACCAAGGCGAAAUCUAAGCCUGCUGCCAAGUCCGUGAAGAGUGCUAAAUCGGCUCCUAAAGCUCCGGCGAAGACAAAAUCUGUAUCUAAGGCGAAGUCCAAAGCGGCGGCUAAACCGAAGCCAUCCACCAAGGCUAAGUCUACUACCACAAAAACAAAGGCCGCGGCUGCCGCGAAGCCGAAGAAAACCGCGGCUGCAAAGCCAAAAGCUACGACCAAGGCUAAGGCCAAGCCUGCGGAGAAGCCGACCAAAGCUGCUCGGACUUCAACAAGGACGUCCCCGGGGAAGAGAGCGGCUGCUCCGAAGAAGGUUGCCGCACCUAAAAAAGCUCUGGCGAAGAGUGUAAAGCCAAAGAGCGUCAAGUCACCGGCGAAGAAAGCCACGUCGAGGAGGGGGAAGAAAUGAGAAGGAUGGUUAGUUAAUUUGGCGCUAGUGUUGUAAAUUAGAGUGCAAUUAAUCCCGCUGUGAUUUUCUAUAUAUUUUAGUCAGAUUUCUUAUUACGUAA